AGCGGGUCGCUUAUUGGUCGACAUAUUUCAGCGAAUGAAUUUGAAAAUACUUCUUGCCACCCGCUGUAGUGUUGGGGUUACCUCGGAAAGCAACAGUAAACUGAAUUUAAAAAAGAGUAAAUAAGCUUCAGCAGGAACAAAAUGGCGCCCAGGAAAAGAGCCACUAAUGCUAAGAACAAGAAGAACCCCAAGAUGCCUAAACUGGAAGCUUUUCUGCUCGACUUUGAUGAUGAAGUAAAUACAAUUGUUAAGAGGUUGAAUGAGAAGACCAAUAACCUUCUAAAAGAUGCAGACAACCUGUACAACAUGACUCUGAUCAAGCUUCCCGUGGCAGUGCGACAGAUGAGCUGGAUUCAGUAUUAUGAGUCUGAAAAGCCAGAAACACUAGUGGAUGAAUCAAAGCAAAAGGAGGAAGCUGCUCAGGUGGAGCUCGCCAUCGCUCAGGAUCAUACAAUCCCUCCCAAAUCUGCCAAAAAAGAUUCAAAGAAUAGUGAAAAGUCUGAGGAUGAAGCGAAUUCGGUGCCCAAGUCUACAACCAGAAAGGGAAGAAAGAAAGCACCAUCGACUACCAAGAAGGCCAAAGCUCUCUCUGUGAGCAAGCAGAACGGCACGAUUAGAAAAUCCACCAGGAAGCCCCUGGUCACCCCAGCCAGAAGCUUCUUGGACUCGUCCAUCAUAGGCCCAACUCCACUCAUCACACCCCGAUUUGACUCCAGGUUGCCCAAGACCCCAGCAGUACGAGUUCCUCGUCACAGAGAGAAGGUGUACAGCAUCUCUGUGAAUGGCUCUCCCAUCGCUGGAGGCACAGAGGAUAUCAUCAUCAAUGUCCCUCUGGGCAACGGAGAGUGCAUUCAGCUGCUGGCCAGCGAGAUGGAUUCUGUUGAUCUGAGUCAGCUGGACGAGAACGCCAUUCACAGCAUCAGGCAGCUGCAGAAUCGUCUCACAGCUCUCUGUGGAACCUCAAAGUGAAGAGACUAAAUGUGAUCAGCUUUUUCAGAGCUUUGUAUAUACCACCCUGUAUUUUCAAUCUUUGUCUGUUUAUAUCUCGGCUUUUUCAGUUGUUGUUGUUCGGCUUUAUAUUUGUUAACCUCAUGCCUUUUUUUUUUCUUUUUAAUUCCAUCUCUUUUACCUGUUGUAUAUUGUCAUGGGCAUUUUCUCACUGUACAUCUAGUCAGAGUGGUCAGUGUACUGUUCAGUUAUGCAUUUUAUUUUGUAAAUAUGAUCCAAAAAUAGUGACCAGCUGUUUCUAGAGGAUUUUGUUUUUUGUAUUGAAAUGUCAUUUUCAUGAUAUUUAUCUGUAAUUCUGCUGUUUUUCUUGAGGAGCAGAAGUACUGCGUGUGACUGCCAGAGAGAGGACAACAUGUCACUACAGUUACAUCUUUUAAAUGAAUUUGUCCGACCUUAUUCAGUCCCCUCUGAAUGUUUUGGAGCAACUAGGACAAUUCUAUUGUUUUCUCUAGACAUUGAAGACAUUUGGGUUUGAGAUCAAAAGAUGAAUGAGACAAUAGAUCAGAAUUUCAGCUUUUAUUUCCUCACAUUUACAUCUAGAUGAGUUAAUCAACUUAAAACCUGUUCCAGAAGGAUCCAUGCAAGCCCAAGCCAUGACACUACCUCCACCAUGUUUCACACACGAGCUUAUGUUUUUGGAUCAAGAGCAGAUCCUUUCCUUCUCCACAUUUUGGCUUUCCAUCACUUUGCUAGAGGUUUAUCCUUUGUUUUUGAUCCUUUCUUCUCAGCUUCAAAAUCGCUUGCUUUUUUUCCCAUAGGUAGCUCUCUGAUCUUCAUGUAGGUUUAUCCUUUUUAACAACAAAUGCCAUCUUCACAGGUGAAACCUAGGGCUCAAUGUAUCUUUUGAUCUCCAACCCCCGUGUCUUCAAUGUAUAGCAAAAGCAAUAGAAUUGGUCUUACUGUUCCAAUACUUUUGGAGCAGACUGUAUAAUAAUUGAAUAUGUAGGACAUCUAAAUCGAGCUUGUCUCUUUGUGGAUAACAUCCAGCUACAUGAACAGUGUGUAGGGUGUGUGUGUGUAUAGACGAAUUCCAGCAUAUAAACAGCAUUUUAAAGUAAAUGCCAGCUUUGUUGUUAUUGCUGCCACUUUCCCUGCUCUAUAAAUGGCAUUAAAAAAAAAACUCUAAAUACUCUCAAGUUGAUUUGGCCAUCUGGUUUGCUCAGCAGUGCAUUUGUGAUCUGCAAACCAUCACGGUGUGGUUUUUAGGCUAUAAGAAGUCGCAGCUACACUGAUCAAAUGUGAACUCUUUAGCAGGAAACUUUCUAAAGUAAAACAAACUCUCAAUUUUAAGUCCCCCAUUUAAAAAAAAGAUGACAUCACACAAGAGGUA